CCACCAGCCGGAAGUGGUUGCGUCAUGCUUCAGUAACAGAUUGUGGGAUGACGCUACGUGUUGAAAGAGUGUAAAGCAUGUUUUUGUGCAGCAACAUGUCUAAAGGAGACAUCCUGAGAGGAAUCAUCACCGAGAAGCUGAGCACAGCCGCCCGGGAGAUCCUGGCGGUGGUGGAGAGGACCGUGGCCGACUACGAGCAGGAGGCUGCGGGCUUGAGGCAGGAGGUGCAGCGGCAGAGGAGGCAGCUGGAGCUCCUGCAGCCUCGGCUCCGAGCAGGAGCUUUGGAGGACUCCUGGAUUCUCUGUGAUGAUGAAGAUGGUCCAGAGGAGGGCGUUGAACCGACAACCAUCUCUGAUCAGAACCAAGAAGACCCACAGAUCCUGGAUUAUCAAAUACCUUUAAGCCCUGCUGAACGUCCAGACGGUACCAGAGUGAAGGUUCCAUCCAGCAGCGCAGAGUCUCACCAACAGAACCUGGAGGUAAAGGAGGAAGAAGCAGAGAUCGCUGUGGACUCCAGCGACCAACGAGAGGAUGCGCUGGACCCAAGUGACGACUGGAAGCCGACUCCCGAACUGCAGAAACCCAGAAGAACGAGCAGGAAGACGAAAGCUAACGGUGGCGUGAAGGAGACGGGGGGUCAACUGUCCUGUAAGGUGUGUGGAACCUGGUACCGGCAGCUGGGGAGUCUGGUCGUCCACACCUGGACUCACGUGGACGAGCAGCAGGACCUUUGUGGCAUCUGCGGGGUGAAAUUUGAGUUUCUGGGGGAGCUGAAGGAGCACCUUAAAGUUCACCAGGACGUCCAUAUGUGUCCGUACUGUGGGAAGACGUUCAUCUCCGCCUCUGGUCUCAGGUGUCACGUUGCUCGUCACACCGGACGCAACCUGUUCAGAUGUUCCGACUGCACCAAAACCUUCACCAGCAUCACCUCCCUGAACUACCACCGCUGGGUCCACGAGAAGAACAAACCGUACAAAUGCGACAUUUGUCUGAAGACGUUCGGCCUGAAGCCACAGCUCGCCAUUCACAGGAAGUUACACACCAGCCAAGACAAAUACGUCUGCAACAUCUGCGGCAAGGCUUUCCGCUUCCGUCGGUGCCUGGCCCAGCACAGACACAUCCACUCGGAGGAGCGCCGCUACGCCUGUGAGCUCUGUGGGAAACGUUUUAAACUGGGAAGUUCUCUGAAGACCCACAUGAGGAUCCACAGGCCUACGGAUCAGUCGUUCCCCUGCAGCGUCUGCUGCAAAACGUUCCCGACGGAACAGAGACUGAAGAACCACCUGAAGAUCCACAGCGAGGAAAAACCCUUUGCCUGCGCCGUGUGCGGGAAAAGCUUCCUGUUCAGGAGCUGCCUGAAGAAGCACAUGAUGGUUCACACCGAGGAGGCGCCGUACAGGUGCGCCGAGUGCGGACGCAGCUUCAGGCAGAAGUCUAACCUUGACAGCCACAUCAAGCUCCACUCAGGGGUCAAACAGUUCGUCUGUGGGGUCUGUGGGAAGGCGUGUUCUCGACGGGAACACCUGAAGGUCCACAUGAGGACCCACAAUGGAGAGAGACCCUACAAGUGCACCCUCUGCGACAAAGCCUUCACCCAGAGCCACUGUCUGAAAACACACAUGAAGAGCCACCAUACCAAAGAAAACCCUGUCCAUGAGAACCAGACUGAAGAAAAUCCUAUUCCUGAUUAUCCUCCUGCUGAUCCAUCUGAUUCCGUCAUGACUUCAUCAGUUGAGCCCUUUCCUCUCAGUGAGGAGGAACACCAGCCCUACUCUGAUGAGCUUCCUGAUGAUUGA